UACCGUAGUGUGUGUGUGUGAGAUGGGAGAAAAGUAGAGGACAGAAAGUGGUAAAGAAUAGCGAAAGCGGCGUAUACAACAGAUGUGUGCAUGUGUGAGAGAUUUCGGAUGGAUGAGGUGACAAUCGCAAUGAUACAGAUUUGAUGGCGUUAAAUACGUUUUGUGUUUUUCUUCUUGAUUCUAGAUUUUCUUCUAGGGUUCCACGAAAAAGUGAAUCUGGUGUAACGUUUUCAAAGUGUUGGUUAGCUGAGCGGGAAUAUUUCGCGAAAUAAUAGGUGUAAUCGCGAUUUGACCGUCAGGCUGUAAGGAGCCUUGUAAAGGCUGUCUGUGGUGUGCUGAAGGAGCGUGUAAAUCAAGUGAUAUUGGGAGAACUAGUCAUUCACACUGGCGUGCAGAAGGUAGAACUACCGUGAAAAAAGCCGCAGUGACUGACCGGCAUAAAAGAGCCAGUGAAAAUUGUCAGCGAACCAAAUCAAGCGGCGUGUGUGUGUGUGAGUACACUAAAACAACAACGUCGAGAAAGGUACAAAUCCGCGAUAAUAGGAAAAGGUGUGUUUUUGUGAAAUCUCAAGUCUCUCCCAACGCUCUCAUCCCCAUAGAAUCUACAGAGGAAACCCAGCAGGCUGCACAGUCCGCCACAAUCUACGCGCGCUUGCUCGCAUACACGGAAUUGUGCGUGUGUGUUUGUGUUUUAGUGCGUGGAAGGAGCACAAAACGACCUGUUUAGGAUUUAUCGUGCAUGGUAUAAGUGGUUCGAAGUGGGCUACGACGAUAAAAACACACAUUGAGUGCUGCAAGGCUUAGCUCGGUUGGACAAACCAGGCAAAAACGAAUUCUGUAAAGUUAUCAAGAAACAGUUUAAAGAAAGAAAGCGUUUAACAAUUACACCCUGAAGAUAACGAAAACUGUGAACUCUACUGUAGGUUUACAGAAUAAUUUUAAUAGAUACCUAAGUUGGCUGUGUGGACGCUGUAUAGAAAGCUAGCAAAAUGACAGAAGAUUCGUACCCGAAGACGCUUUACGUGGGCAGCCUCGACACAACGGUAACGGAGGAGCUGCUAUGCACACUUUUCAGUCAGAUGGGCACAGUUAAGAGUUGUAAAAUUAUACGCGAAGGAACGAUCGAUCCUUUCGCUUUCAUUGAGUACGAUAAUCAUCAAUCGGCCCAGACAGCAUUGGCUGCAAUGAACAAACGAAUGUUCCUGAAGAAGGAAAUACGGGUUAAUUGGGCAACGAGCGCCGGAAACCAGCCGAAAACGGAUACGAGCCAACAUCAUCACAUUUUCGUGGGCGAUCUCAGCCCGGAAAUUGACACCGAAACGCUGCGGGAGGCUUUCGCGCCUUUUGGAGAAAUUUCUAAUUGCCGCAUUGUGCGGGAUCCACAAACGCUCAAGUCGAGGGGGUACGCGUUCGUUUCGUUUGUGAAGAAAGCCGAGGCGGAACACGCCAUCGCGAUGAUGAACGGCCAGUGGCUCGGAUCGCGCUCCAUAAGAACGAACUGGUCGACUCGGAAGCCACCGGCACCUAGAGAAAACUCUAAAGGAAUUAAAAGUGGAAAGACGCCAGGGUUUGAGGAAAUCUACAACAAUACCAGUCCAACCAAUACGACCGUCUAUUGCGGUGGAUUUCCGCAAAAUGCGAUCACGGACGAGCUAAUUCAUAAGCAUUUCAUCCAAUUUGGGCACAUUAACGACACUCGAGUGUUCAAAGACAAAGGUUACGCGUUUAUUCGCUUUGCGAACAAAGAGUCAGCAGCGCGCGCCAUCGAAGGUACACACAACAGUGAGGUGCAGGGAUUUCCGGUCAAAUGUUACUGGGGCAAGGAGAAUGGUGGCGACGUGAAUAGCAACGGAAUGAAUGCGUCGGCGAUUGCUGCUGCGGCUGCCGCCUCCGGUAUGAUUGGAAUGAAUAUGAACGGCAUCGUCAGCCCAUUGCAACCGAUGCAGCCUAAUGCUGCGGCCGCUGCGGCAGCUGCUGCCGCUGUUGCUCAGCAGCACAGUGCCAAUCCGCAGCUCACUCAGGCCACGGCAGCGGCGGCUGCAGCCGGCGCUCAGUACCCUUAUUCUGCAGCCGCAUACGGUCAAAUGGCAUACUGGUUUCCUGGAGGAUACCCACAAAUACAGACACAAUACAUGCAACAGGGGUAUUAUACUUACCCAACAGCUUACGCUCCUGCAGCUCCCCAGCAAACUGGAACAGCAGGAUAUCGUAUGAUGCAACCGAACAUGGCAGCAUCCUGGGGCAUGCAAUCUGUUCCAGGUUUAGCAACGAACGGUGCAGCAGCGGCAGCAGCAGCGGCUGCAGCAUCAUCACAGCAGCCCGUGAUGUAUGCGACAUUGCCACAGUACCAAACGCAAUGAGAACUAUUGAAAAGUUACUCUACCAGCAACAACAUCAACACCGGCAUAAAACCAAGCACCAAUAACAACAGCACUAAGAAUCACGCUAGUAUCAGUAAUAUGAAAAAUUUUAACAACAGUCUCUUAAACAUUGUAUCGUCGCCUACUUCAGCAAUACCGGGCAAUAACAACAAAAACAAUUUUUGCUUGAUGCCAAAUCUUCCUGUUCCUGGUGUUGGAUCAGGAGCUUUGUUACCUUCGAACUCGAUUGACAACCUGUCCGCCACGUCUGCUGUUGCAUCAAACAGCGUGGGAUCUCUACUGCUUGGCAACAAUAAUUCGACCAAAAGCACAUCGGCUGUUGCGGCAAUGGUUGCCGCGGCCACAGCGACGCUGAACAACAAAGGUAUUCAACGGCAACCCUCGGCAACAGUGGUUUCGUCGUCCCAGCUAAUGGUUGCUCAUUCGAACGGUAUAAGCGAUGGAGGUGGCGCUAUGGUUUUAGGUGGCAGCCAUCGUCAUCAACGUCUUCCGCUAAAUCCGACGACAUACCAGUCGCAACAGUCUUCUUCUACUCAUCAUAUGACAACGGCGAAUGCGAUAGCGGUGGCUAUCGCUGCAGCGGCAGCAACUGCUGCCCAACAGCAGCGUCCAUAUCGUCAUCAACAUCACUACCAGACGUCGACAGCAGCGAGCGCAGCACCAAUGACAUCAUUCCUGCCAAUAAACGCCUUUAGGACGAAAAAGCAACAGUUGAGCAACAUGCAAACGAAUACCCGUGAGAGUAUAGUUCCAUCCGCAACUAAGCAAUCAUCGGCAGCAAUAAGAACCUGUACGGUAACGACCAUCGAAACCUGUACUACUGCCACGAGCAGCAUUCCAUCAAUCUUAGUUCCUUCCAGUGAUGACGGAACGGACACGACCGUGUGCACAUUAGCUGCUACCGUUGGGGCGACCAGUGCGAUCGCAACUCUAGCCUCACCAGUGUCCGCAGUAAUGUUACUAUCGACAUCGUCCACCAGUAGUAGUAGUAAUAGUAAUAACCAUAACGAUACCAUUGGUAUGAUUAACUUUUCCCAUCGGUCCACUGCCGAUGAUCUAUCUCCGUCCUCAUCAUCGUCGAUGGUCGGUGGUGGUGUUAUUUCGCCAAUGUCAACAAUGUUGAUGCCGAUGAUUACAAAAACUCUAAGCAAUGAACCCUAUAUCAGCAACAGUGGAAGCAGUGAUGGUAAUCUUCCGCACGCUAGCGUUAUUACAAAUACUGAUUUUGAUGCAACAACAGUAGCAGACAGGAGCACGGAAAUAGCAGCCACCAUGAACAUUGAGCAUGACACAUGUUCCCUCAUUCCAGAAGACGCGACCGCAGAUGUUUGUACAAAUAAUGACGAAGAGAGUUCUAGCGUUACCACCCGACUACAUACCAGCCGAACUUUGCUAAAGCACAAGCUAAACUUUAAUGACGAUGAAAAUGAUCCAUCGGAGACAAAGCCCGCGAAAGUUCGCUUAACGGAGCAUGUAACGAUAACGAGCACAGAAAUAACCGAAAGUAUAACAGGUGUUGGCGAUGGCGGUAUGAGUGUACAACAAAAAGACGAUGCUGUGCGUGCCAGCAGCUUAUGUACAACAAAUGGUGCAAGUGACGGACAUAGUCCGCUAAAAGAAGACUCACCCAUUUAAAGGUGCAAAAAUAAUCGUUUAUAAAAGAAAGGUUCAAAAAUCAAUCAAUUUCUAUCUGAUGAUAAGUUAUUCCCUUAGUGAGGACAAUGUUUAUUGUGCUAUAAACUUUUCCCGCCAUGCCACAAGAUUUAUUGGCGGUUAUAAACAGAACUUUGAAGUAGAAAACGUACAUGUCGCUCAUACUAAUUGUUCAACAUCUUUUUCUUUACUCCCUGUCGCACCUGUAGUGCAACUUUUCAUUAAUUUGGAAAUUAGAACGGAACCGGAAGGCGAAACACACAUUUCCGUAUAGAUAACAGAUAAUGUCGCUUUGUUACUGCGUCCGUUUAUCCAUCUUUUAAUUUGUACAUUAAGCAAUGUGCAUGUCUUGUACGAUAUUUGUUUCGUUUGUGAUCAGUUUCGUGACAGAUCAUCCGCAGAAGACUGAUUGAUCGGGUAUAAUGUUAAAUCUCUUAUUGAAACAAAAUGUUCCUGUUCAGCUAAACAUGCGGAAAGUAAACCAGUUAUUAGAAAAAGAGAUGGAUUAAGGAGUGUUUGGGUAAUGAAAUUUUUGAAGAGGGUUGUUUGCACCUGAAAAUAAGAAAAACAGGGAUCAUUUCUUUUUCCUUUUUGUAUGUUUCGCUUCUCCGACUUGUUUUUGAUCAAGCAAAAAAAAAAAAGGCGCGGCUGAUUUCUUCUUCUUGCUCCCGUUUUGCAUACGAAAGGAACUACGAUUUAAUAGCGUGUGUAAUGGAAAAGGAUAACAACAUGUCCCCCUGUUUAAAUUUCGUUAUUUGGCAGCGCAUUAACCCAUUUGGGUUUCCAAAAAAAUCCAAUCCAUGGACAUGUUUUCGGAACAGGCACAAACGCACCUAAGGCGCAAGGGGAAGUAUAACUUGUUGCUAUUGCACGGAAGGAUGUAUAAAUGCUCUUUAAAACGGUACUCCAUUGAAUCGCGUAAAGAUAUGUUUAUCUUUAUGCUCUUUAUUGUGUUUCCGGUACUGGUAACAACAACACCGAUGGUAAUGUUGAACGACAUAUUUGAAGAAAGAGGGAAAAGACAUUACAUAUAGACGAAAUGCACUACCAUUUGCACCUAGAGCACCACUAUGGAGAGAAACGAAAGGUAACAAAUGAGGGCACAUGCAUGCUUGUAUGUGGAUCGGAAAAAAACGGACAUUGUGCGGACUGUGUACCAAUACACGCGAAAGAGUAGCGAUGGUUUUGAACGAUUUUGGCGCGGAAAGCUGAUACAAAACCACUCGGGCCAUGCGAUGACGAUGAUGUUACGGGUGUUUGAGGUGCGAUGCCGCUAUAACAAUUCACAGAGCUGGUAGGAGGAUGCAUAAAGAUUCGAUUCUCGUAAUGUGUAAUGUGGAAUCGAAAAUAUCCAAGAGCAGAAUGGUGGUGAUAUAUUUAUUAUACCAAUUAACGCACAACUAAAAGAGAAAAAAUACCUCUUUCGCUAGUAAAGAGCACAUGGGAAAGGUUAGAUAAAUUGAAAGAUUGAGGACAGAAUGAAAAAAACAUCGCUAAGCUGGUUAGUACACGCAAGGAUAACAAAAAUGAAAUUACUAUUGUACGUAAGUUUAUGCGAGCGUCGAGUGUGUAAGUUAUUAGAUAAAACAAAGCUGUGCAUGAUUCAUCGACAGGCAGAACUCGUACGCAUAGGUUAUGUUAGAGAAUAUUUGGUGAAUUGAAGACAGACAGAGAGAAAGAGAGUUGACAGAGACAGAGGGCAGGGCAGUAGGGGUUUGAUUAAAAUUUUAGUAAUAUAAAUGUGUGCGAUGAAUAUGACCGUUUGCCGGAGUGAAGAAAGCAAAGAAAAACAGCUGCAGUUCUCAAACACAGCGAAUGCAUUAACUGCAACUGGUAUGUACGUAUAGGCAGAUAGCAUUCGGGUGCGAUAGUUCAAUAAGGAAUGUUCGAGAAGAAACUAUUUGUGGCUGAUUAAGAAUGGGCGCCAAAUACCAUUUGUACAACAUUUCCUCCCGCACAGUAGCAUCUCAGGAAAGGAAAGUAAUGUGGCUUUCGAUUUGUUUCCUAUGUUACCGUUUGUUUAAAAAUGUUGGCUGUCCGUGUACCACUCCCGGAACGUGGAAAUCUAACGACGAAUAGCUCCGCCAAACGAGAGCAAUAUGUUUGCUGGAUAGAAAAAAAGAUGGAACGGUGACCGACUCAUCUCUUACUCGUUCGAAUCGUUCGUUUUGUUUCGAUCGAUUGUUGGUAAAACAAAGACUUGCGAGAACUUAAACUUAACGCAUGAUAUGUAUGAUAGGAUGCGCUUGAAUGUUGUACAACGCGUGGAACUAUGAAAGCAUACGGAAGCGGGGAUUUUGCGAAUCGAAUGGUUGAAAAACAAAAAUGGAAUAAAACAGACCAGGAACAGAAGAUCCACAAUCUUCCAUUCAUACCACAUGAGGCACUCAUGGGGCGAUCAAUUGUUUGCAACUAAAAGGGAUCAUCCUGGGUGUUUGUGCGGUUGUGCAUAAGUGCAUGUGUGUGUGUGUGUGUGUAUGCUGUGUGUGUCAGUGUGUGUGUGUGAGUUUAAAAACGAUAAAAAAACAACACAAAGAAAUAAAACCUGAAUGUGAAAGCAGCAGUGGCCAAAUGCUCCAGUGUACAAGAACAUAAGUCGUUUUAUUUUUGUCUUUAGUGAGGCCUGAGGGAAUGUAUUAUUAGAGAAAUAAAAUUCAUAUGAAACUGCUCGCUAAAAAACAACGGUGAUCGAAGAAUAGCAGUUAGGGUUUUUAUUUCUCUUGGAAACAUCCUUGUUUUUUUUGUAAUACAGUGUUUUCCUUUGUCCCCAAUAGACAUGGUAAUUCUCUCGACUGAAAGGCUCGUGUGCUGUAGGGCUUGCAGGCUUCUUAUAAACUGCCUCCUGAUGUAUCGUUAGUGGCAGUUUGAAAAAAAAAACGGGACGAAAGAGAUGUGUACUACGGUGGAGAGCCAUA